UCCAUCAUCCUAUGGUCAGAUACGUCUUGAUGAUGAUGAAGCCGGUAAACUUAUGACAGACCACAUACCGGCAACUUUGCUAUUUCAGAAUGUCAGUUAUUAUGUUGGAGAAAAGCAAGUUCUCAACUCGAUACAUGGCAUAGUUAAACCUGGUGAGGUUAUGGCAAUAAUGGGUGGUUCCGGUGCGGGAAAGACUACUUUCCUUGAUAUUUUGGCUCGGAAAAAUAAGGCAGGUACUAUCAGAGGAGAAAUAUAUGUUAAUGGAAGAACCGUUGAAGAUGAAGUUUUUAAGAAGGUGGUUGGUUAUGUCGAUCAAGAGGAUCAUCUUCUUUCAACAUUGACCGUAUAUGAGACAAUUUUGUAUUCCGCACUCUUGCGACUUCCUAGAGAGAUGUCUUUUGAAGCCAAAAGGUUUAGGGUGUUAGAAACAAUGAGUGAACUAGGAAUUUUAGGAAUCAAAGAUUCCCGAAUAGGGGAUGCUGGUGCGCGGUCUAUUUCCGGUGGUGAGAAGCGCCGUGUCUCCAUAGCCUGUGAAUUAGUCACGUCUCCUUCAAUCCUUUUCCUUGACGAACCAACCUCAGGAUUAGAUGCUUACAAUGCGUACAACGUGAUUGAAUGUCUUGUUACACUUGCAAGGAAUUACAAUCGAACUGUAGUAUUUACGAUUCACCAGCCCAGAAGCAAUAUUUUUGCAUUGUUUAAUCAACUCGUAUUGCUUGCUAAUGGCUAUGUGGUAUAUUCUGGUGAUGCGAGCAAAUGCCAGUCGUAUUUUGAAAAGAUUGGUCAUAAAUGUCCACCAGGAUUUAACAUCGCUGAUUUUCUUGUUGAUUUAACGAUGUUUGCGGCAAAACCACAUGAGGGCUCAAAUGAAAAUCACAAUGCAAACGGUGAGGAAAACAAUAACGGAAUUUCUACGGCCAUAGCACCCGUUGAGACCACACCGUCAAUUCGACAACCACUUCGUAAUUCGAUUCAUGACAUUCAGGAUUUGGAACUGUACUCACCACAUCAACCACAAUCUGAAAAUUCUUUAAAUGACUCGAUACCGAUCGAGUUGAGUAAUCGAGAUGGGUCGAAUGCCGAUUCCGCUGACAUAAAUAUAAAUGAAUUUAGUGAUGACAUAAGUGAACACCUACGCAUGUUAGUGACCAGCUAUCGUCGGAGUUUGAUUGCACUCGGAAUCAAAGAUGAAAUUGACCGUGUUGUACACAGUGAUCAACAGCCGGUUAUAUCCACGCAAGAAUCAGUUGUCAACUCUCACGAACGUGCUUCAUGGUUUACGCAGUUCCGUAUUUUAUCUAACCGAACAUUCAAGAAUUUAUACAGAAAUCCAAUGCUAAUGUUAAUGCACUAUUGUAUCAGUGUUUACCUUGCUCUUUUAUGUGGUGCGUUAUUUUAUCGGGUGACCAAUGACAUUGCCGGUUUCCAAAAUCGUAUGGGUGUACUGUUCUUCAUGUGCGCUUUAUUUGGUUUUGGUUGUCUGAGUUCGUUGCAUGUGUUUGCCACCGAAAGAAUCAUAUUCGUCAAAGAACGUGCCAAUGGAUACUACGCCCCAAUUACCUAUUUUUCAUCAAAGGUUCUAUUUGAUAUUAUUCCUCUUCGCGUUAUACCACCUAUCCUUAUGGGUGUCAUUAUUUAUCACAUGGUCGGUCUCGUUGAUGGCACCGCCGAGUUCUUCAAAUUUAUACUGGUUUUGAUCUUGUUCAAUCUUACGGCGGCAAGCAUCUGCUUGUGUAUCGGCAUAAUCUUUAAAGAAGUCGGCGUGGCCAGUUUACUAAGUAGUUUAGUCAUGCUAUUUAGUAUGCUGUUUGGCGGACUUCUGCUAAAUAAAGAAUCUAUUCCUGAUUAUUUGGCUUGGUUGAAAAAUUUGUCAUUCUUUAAUUAUGCUUUCGAGGCGAUGAUAGUUAAUGAGGUGGUUUAUCUUCAGCUGACAGAAGAGAAAUACGGAUUACAAAUUGAUGUUCCUGGUGCAACAAUUCUAUCAACAUUUGGUUUUAACGCCUCGGCUUAUUGGUCAGACGUCU